AUGGGAAAAAUAUCAACAGAUUUGUUCUCGUUUGCUGGAAAAAACUACAUCGUGAUGUGUGAUGCUUUCUCAAAUUACCCAGAGGUCCUAUCAAGUCAGACUACACAUUCUGUUAUUCAAGCACUCAAAAGUGUUUUCGCGAGACAUGGCGUCCCAAAAGUAGUUGUCAGUGAUAAUGGUCCAUGUUAUAGCAGCAGAGAAUUAAAAGAUUUUGCAUUUGAGUGGAAUUUUCAACAUGUGACCAGCAGUCCACGCUAUCCACAGUCAAACGGACUCUCUGAAAGAACCGUUCAAACUGUCAAAAAUAUGUUAAAAAAAUGCAAGGAAAGUGGAGAAGACGUCAACAUGGCAUUGUUAGUCUACAGAAGUACACCUAUGGAUAAUGGAAAAUCCCCUGCUGAAAUGUUGAUGGGAAGAGAACUUGUGUCAAACUUACCUUCGAGUGAACUCAAGGAUAAAGCUAAACACCCUGAUGUUAAACUCUGGAAAAAUCAACAGAAAAUGAAACAAAAGCAUUUCUAUGACAACCGUAACCAUGUUAAAGCAUUGACCACAUUGGAUUGCGGGAACCAGGUACCCAUUCAAGAUUCAAAUGGUUAUUGGAAAGACCAUGCUACAGUCGUGGGAAAAGUGAAUCCUAGGUCAUAUAUUGUCCAAGGGAAUCAAGGAGUUUGUUACAGAAGGAACAGACGUCACCUGAAAAAAGCGUCGUUCCAGAAGGAAACCCCGUCUUCAGAUGUAUAUACUGAAUUUGAUGGAAAUGGUCAAAAUUCUGAUGAUUCUGAGCUGAUUGAGAACUAUGAAUCAACAUCAAACACUAGAAUUGAACCCAACACCUCAUCUAGUGUCCAGGAACCUGCUGGAUUGUGCUUCAGAACCAGUCCCGGAAGAGUUGUGAAAAGACCUGAUCGAUUAAUUGAAACUGUGUAA